AUGAAGAUCUCAAUCCUCUCCGUCUUCGCAUUCGCUCUGGCUGCAUCCGCUGCGCCCGCAGGUGCUAGCUUUGACCUGGUCGGUUAUGGCAAAGAUAACCCAGUCGGUCCAACGACUGGUGGCGAUCAGGAAGGUAGCAAGACUGUAACAGUAACAACAGUACCCGAGUUCCUGGCCGCUAUAAAUGGUUCCUCGCCGACCAUAAUUUACGCAAAGGGUACCUUCAACUUCACAUCGCGCCCCAGGAUCGGUAGUAACAAAUCUUUGAUUGGUGCUGGGAAGGGUGCUUGGAUCACUGGUGCAGGAUUGACAAUUUUGAACCAAACAAAUGUCAUUAUUCGCAACUUUGGCAUUCGCGGCAUCGUCGGCAACGACGGAAUCACCAUCCAGAACAGUCAAAGAGUCUGGAUAGACCACAAUGAGUUUACGUCUGGCAACUUCCCUGCCGCAGGAUUUGACCUCUAUGACGGUCAGUGUGACAUCGUAAGAGCAAGUGACUGGAUCACCAUCUCCUGGAAUUACUUCCAUGACCACUGGAAGAGCUCCCUCGUCGGCAACAACGACCAAUUCAGGGACAUCGAUUUCGGUCGCCUUCACGUCACUUAUCAUCACAACUACUGGCAGCGUGAAGGUACUCGAGGACCUGCCGGACGCUUUGGACACCAGCACAUCUACAACAACCUGUACGAAGACUUCCUCUACCAGGCCAUACACAGCCGGAGCGACAACCAAGUCUUGGUAGAAGCCAAUGUCUUUACAGGCAAGACCAGGGAAGCCCUGAGCACAUACGGACUUGUCAUCCCGGAGGACAGCCCUAACACUGGACCUGACGGCGACUUUGAGAUAGAUGGGUUCGCAAACCUUGGUGCCAAAUUGAACUUUGCUGAUACCAACGCAGAGAACGAUUUCGGUAAAGCAACGGUCAAUAUCACACAAGUGGGAAACUUUACGAAAGCGCCUUACAAAUUCAAGCUCACGCCUUUGAAGCAAGUGUCCAAGGUAGUCAAAGCUGGUGUGGGUCUCGGCAAGAUCUGA